GUUUGCUCUGCGUUCCUGGAAUUUAAUACCUUACAUGCCAUUUCUUUGAUAUUGAAAUCGGACUCGGUUCCCUUGUAAAGAUGAUGCGUUAUUGGGGGGAGCUCCCUGUGGCCUCAGCACCCCCAGGGCGUAGCUCCUUUGACCUUCUGCAGCGUGAGUUCCGCCAGGUGGAAAUGCAAGACCCUCCGUUGCACCAGCCCUCAGCACAGCGCCCGCGGCCCACCACCAUGUUAGACGUGCCCUCUGAACCGUGCAGUCUCACCAUUCACACGGUGCAACUGUGCCAGCACAUCCGCCGCCUCCGCUCCCUCCUCACAACCGCCCAGCUCAGCCAGCAGCCCCUGGCUUCAUCAGCAGACAUGCAGAGCAUCAUCAAACCAGAGGACGGCGAUUCACUCCCUCCUCGGCCACCCACACCCGCAGCGCCUGACGACCUGCUCCCCCUAGACAGCAAAGUCCCACGGAUACCCUUUCAGCUCCGACACAGCGACCCAGAGAGCGACUUUUACAAGGGUAAAGGUGAGCCAGUCACAGAGUUGAGUUGGCCGUCAUGCCGGCAGCUUCUGUACCAAUCUGUUGCUACGGUGUUGGCUCAUGCCGGAUUUGAGUCUGCCAAUGAAAGUGUGCUAGAAACGUUGACCGAUCUGGCCCAUGAGCACUAUCUGCGGCUCACCCGGUUGUUGCGGGUGGCCGUGGACCGAGAAGCCCGACUGGGCACCACUCCUUUUCCUGAUGUGGUGGAGCAGGUCUUUCAUGAGAUAGGCAUCGGCAGCAUUCUGGCCCUGCAACGUUUCUGGCAGGUUCGCAUCAAGGACUACCAUAGCUACAUGCUCCAGGUCAGUAAGGAGCUGUCUGAAGAAUACGAGAGGCUGGUAAACCCAGAGAAAGCUUUAGAAGACUCCAAACCCCUCAAAGUCAAAGAGGAGCCAAUGAGUGACAUUACCUUCCCUGUGAGUGAGGAGCCUGAAGCUGAUCUGGCGUCAGGUGACCAGGCUCUCCCCAUUGGCGUGUUGGGUGCUCCCAGCGACAGACUGGCAGGGGGUCUGGAAGGAGAAAACUCGCCUCACCCUUCAGGUACAGCAGGGAACAGUUCACCGUUGUGGCAUCUUGCUCAGGUGAAAAUGGAACCCCAGGAUGGUGAGGACGGACAGGUGUCAGGUCAAGGAGUCUUAGGGGGUGACGUGUUCGAGGAGGGGCCCAUGUCUACCAUGAGUGAGGCGGGCAUGCCCCCAUCGCCAGGCGGCGGAGCCUCAGACGGCAGCUAUGCCUCUCACUCCCCCGACUCACUUAUGGGGACCUCUCCUGUCUUCAACCAGCGUCCUAAAAAACGAAUGAAGAAGGUGUGAGAGAACUGUAAUUCUUCAUAAAUAGAGGAACAACCGGAAAGGACCGUCAGUGAGCAGCCUCUUCCGUGCUGCACGCAUACGACGGAAAUGAGUAGAA